UGACCGGCGGGCCGCCGGCGCCCUCGCCAACCGCGCAUCUCCCCAGUCACGGGCCCUGCCGUACGUGCGUGGUACCUACAGUUCCCCGGCGGCGGCGACGGCGCCUCCCCGCGUUCAUCCACGGAUCUUGUGUCAAGCGCGCGCCCUGUGCUUUGGUGCAGGAAUCUGAGAGGGAGCGGGCGGCGGCGAUGGGGAAGCUGGCGAGGCUGGUGGACGGCAUCAAGGAGAAGCUGGCCGGCGGGGGCAAGGCCGGCAAGGCGGUGUGCUACGACAAGGUGGACAAGACGGAGAGCAUGAGGGUGGAGAUCAGGAGCCGCCGCGCGCGCCAGCUCAUCGACAAGAACCUCGCCGUCGCCGACGACAUCGCGGGGUGCCGCCCCCGGGCCGGCGCCGGCGGGGGCAAGAAGAAGAACAAGAAGACGCGGUUCUUCGGCUUCUGAUCGGCACGAUCGCCGCCGGUCGGUCGACGCUCGGUUCCGCUGCCUUCGAUCUUGUCGUAAAUAAUCUUGUCGAUCAUCCGUGUAGGUGUUAGCUAGCUAUAGAUUUCCAGAAGCCAGCAUUCUCUCUGCCGAUUGGCACCCUCUCUCAUGGGAAGAACUAAAAUCCUCGUCCGUUCCUGAUUAAGAGUGAAUUGAAAUGGAUUGUGCAAAUUUCUGCGGGUAUAGAGAGGUGUAGAUCAUGGGUAGAUUUGGGUACAUUUAUGACUGUAGAUAAUAAAUGUAGAUUGGCCGUCUAUUUUGGUGAAGUUGUAGAUGUUUAUGAU